UUGCCUUGUGAUACCGAUGCUUAUGUUCCUUUUAGCGAGAUCUCGGCACGUAAGUUGAUUCCACCGAUUUAAAGAUCAUUGUUGAGAUGCACGUUAUGAGGGGACUAUUUUGUAUCCGAAAUUCCGGGCGAAUUUCAAGACGGAUUGUUAACCUCAAUCCAGUCCGAUUAUUUCCGAGCGCAAUCCUCGUCUUCGAGGGACAUCGUCGGCUCUAAGUAUAGCCCGUAGUGUACGGCAAAGGUCGAGUCGCGCGCGAUGAUAGCUCGUCAAUCUGAACAUGCAACUGCGCCUAAGGACAGGUAAUUGGAACGCUCCUUGCUCUCUCAUGAAGCCUGAACAGCGGGCGUGCAAUUACUUUAAUCGACGACAUCUAUCUCUUGACUCUCUGCUACUGCCACCGUAUGACUUUCCGCGUCGACGAACUUGCGUAACGCGCGGACUACUAAUCGAUGCGCGAUCUUGAUUCGCAUCAGUUUUCGCUUUACAAGUUGUCGCGCCGAGGAUUUUUUUCGUUUCGAAAACUCGCAGGACAUUAUUCAUCGGAAUAAUCGCCUAAUACUAUUCGAGUGCCGAGCGCAAACGACUUUGCCGAGUAGACAACGCGGACGCGCCUAGCAAAAAAGCGUUCAUUGUCCGAUCGAGUAUAAAACUUGGCUUUUCCUGCUUGGCACGUGACGUUGAAAUGCAAAGGACUGAUUUACCUUCACCUGGAUCAUUGCCAGGCCGCUGUGUUUUGCCUCUUUUCCUCUCUCUCUCUCUCUCUCUCUCUCUCCACCCCCUCGACUCCGUCGCUUCUCUCUCUUCUCGACCGGACAAUCGGGAAGCGAUAUCGAGUUUAUUUUGCAGCGAGCCGCGAGAAGAAGAAAUCACCGCUGAGUGGGAGUGUGUGUGUCGUAUAUCUGUAUAGAUAUGUGAACGUGUGGGAGGGUGUAUAAUAUACGUAUAAAGAUGAGUAGCGGCGGGGAAGAGUUUGUUAUGCUCGAUUCAGAGCGCGGAAGUCGCUUCUUUUUCUGCGGGCGGCCCACUGCCGGCACCGAAAAGAUAUGCCUUCCAUAAAAAUGAAAUACGCGAGUAAUCGAGUUAUUGCUUUCUCUCUCUCUCUCUCUCUCUCUCUCUCUCUCUCUCUCUCUCUCUCUUUCCCUCGCUUGCGCUCUUAGCGAAUAGCAGCCACUGCUGCCGCGCGCGCUUUUUUAUCGCGUUUCCCGCUGCUGCCUUCUGCCCUCUUUGCAAUGCUAUCGUCUUUUUUUCACGGCCGGCUUUAGCGGAUAGAGCCGUACCUCUGCUUCGCGAAAAUAAAUUUUCGGCGAGUUUUUUAAAGAGAUUUUUUUGCAGCUGGUGGCGUGAAAUAAUUUUAGAGCGUGACUAAAAGCGAUAAGAUGUUUACGUAAGAGCGUCAGAGUACACAAUCGAUCGCACGCGCAGCUGUGCGCGAAAAUCAGAGCGACGUUCUUGUCGAGCCGUGCGUUAUCAAGGACAAGAGUGCACGCGCCAAUGUGAGUGGGAACGAGCGAUGUCUUUCCUUCCAUAUCCCCCCUUUGAGAAUGUUCCCUCCUGCGACGGCGCACGUAUGCGCGUGGAAGCGGACCCACGCAGGCUUAUUGAAAAUCUUAACGCAGCUACGUGCGGCCACGCAGUAUUAGUACAUUCGCGAGCUGGUGGUGUGGUCUCGAUCGACGCUGUUCUUCUGCGAAGUCAAGUUUUCUCUGUGCCGGGUCGCGUAAGUGAUAAUCGAGGAAUGAUCAGAGAUAGCCUGAAUUCGCUUUGAUCGCGUUUGGAAGAUUACAUGAUUUGAAGAUUUAGUUGGAGUUAUCAAAAAAUUUAUUGUCAAGAUGCUACGGUUGGCUCCAUUGCUGCUGGUCUUGGCGGACCUUGGAGCCUGCUAUCAUCCUCCGCAGAGUACGACACUUCCACCUUCGACGACCCCUAACAGUAUUCCCUAUACAACAGCACUACCUCAGACGCCAGCUGUUAACGUUAAUAAUUACGCCAACAGUGGCUUCGUCAAUUCACCAUCUACGACGCCGUCUAGUAAUCUCAACAUCAGGCCUCAAGCUCCGGUUGUCAACAUUGCCAAAUCUCCCUUCAAGUCAAAGGGCGCUGGUAAUAACAGACACGGGAACAGAAUUUACGCCGCCAAUCCCCAGAUUCAACCGUUUAUCGGCAGUCGCAACGCCUUAAUCAACAAUAAUUUGAAUACGGCUCAACUUCAACAGCAGCAGCAAUUUCAACAACAGCAACUUCUGCAGCAGCAAUUUCAACAACAACAACUUUACGCUAACUCCCAGUUUCAAGCACCAGCAGGCAACUUUCAACUUCAAGCAUUGGCGGGCAAUGCUCAAGUUCAGGGCUUAGGAAGUACCUUUCAAAAUCAAGCAUUGACCGGGAGUUUUCCUCUUCAAAACCCACCACUUCAAAAUCCUCAGCUGCAAAACCCUCAACUCCAGAACCCUCAACUUCAAAAUCCCCAACUUCAAAAUCCUCAAAUUCAAAAUCCCCUUCAGAAUCCUCAACUUCAAGCUUUCGGAGGCAACUCUCAAGUUCAAUCAGUUGGUAGUACUCCUACUUUCCCAAGUUCAACGGAAAAUAUUCUACUAGCAACGUUGAUAGGAAGUUAUCCGUCUCAACCAUUUCCUAUAAUCCCUCCACAAAACACCAACAACGCUCAACCUCAAGUAGGCGUUAAUCCUCAAGUUCAAGGUUUGGCUGGUAACCCUCAACUUCAAGCGUUAGGAGCGAACUUUCAGAAUCCAGUGUUAGUUGGAAACCCGCAGCUUCAAGCAUUAGGCGGCAACUCUCCACUGCUAGGACUAUCCGGAAAUCCUCAAAUUCAGGCAUUAGGCGGUAACUCUCAACUUCAAGCAUUGGCUGGCAAUACGCAGCUCCAAGCAUUGGCUGGCAAUCCGCAGCUCCAAGCAUUGGUUGGCAACCCGCAGCUCCAAGCACUGGCUGGUAAUCCCCAGCUUCAACAACAAGCGUUUCAACAAUCAACGCCAAAUAAUUUUGCCAACAACGUACUGGCCAAUCCGCAACUGCAAUCCUCGCUAGCUCUCAACAAUCCAAACGCAUUCAACAUCAACAAUUUCAACCCUCAACUUCAAGCUCCAGUUGUAAACGCUUACCUCCCUUCGCCUCAAGUCGCACCUUCGAACUUUGCCAAUCGAGGCUUGGACGUGGCAUUCCAGUGGCGUUUCCUGGACUGGGUCCAUCCAACCGUUCAGCUGGCCGGAAAAAAUUUCACUGUUGGUAAUCCCUUAUCUCAAGACGUGGACAUUGACAACAGAGGCCGUGUCUUCGUCACGAGUCCACAAUGGCUCGAGGGCACUCCCAUUACGUUAUCUGUGAUCACUGAUCUGAAGGGACAGGGAGGACCUUUACUUACUCCAUAUCCUGACUGGACCUGGCACAAGCAAGAAUGUGGCAGUCUGAUAUCCGUUUACAGAGUUGCGAUAGACGAGUGCAACCGUAUCUGGAUGGUGGACACCGGGGCCGCAAGUGGUAGACAGGUCUGUCCGGUGAAGCUCCUGGCGUUCGAUCUCAAGACCGACCAGCUGAUACUCCGGUACCAGAUCCCGGAAGACCAGACGGCAGGACGCACAGCCCAGUACGUGAACCCCGUGGUCGAGGUCGGGGACAACUGCAAGGACACCUUCGUCUACGUGGCCGACGUCAUCGGACACGGAUUGUUGAUUUACAGCAUGAGGGAGAACAGGUCCUGGAGACUGAGCAACACGAGGAACAACGCUUUCGGACACGAUCCCGAGGCGACCAGUUUGACGAUCGCCGGGGAGACGAUCCAACUGAACGACGGAACCCUCGGGGUGGCUCUUACCCCGCGAGGACUCUUCACUAAGAGAUACCUCUACUUCAACUCUUUGGCGAGCUUCUAUCAAAAGUUCGCCGACACGGACUCGCUGAAGCGCAGCUUCGUCUACGAGCCGAUAAUGUACCAGUCGGUAGCGAAGCGCGUGAGCCAGGCAGGCGUCCACGCGAUAUCCAAGACCGGAGCGAUGUUCUUCCAGUUGGCCCAGUUCACAGCUUUGGCUUGCUGGAACGUCGAGCGGCCGUUCACUCCGGAGAACGUGGUCGUCCUGGCGCAGGACAGCGAGACGCUUCAGUACAUCAGUGGUAUCAAGGUGGUGACCAACGCCUUUGGCGAAGAGGAGCUCUGGUUCAACACCAACAGGCUCCAGAAGACCAUCAACAACUCCAGGAGGAUCAACGAGGUGAAUUUCAGGCUGAUGCGUGGUAAGGUCGAGGAUCUGAUCAGAGGUACCAGGUGUGCACCCAGUGGUCUUAGGCCGACAGAACCGAGCCUGCAGGGAUGGAGGAGGAUCUGAUGAACUUUGAACCUAUUUUACUGUACUUGUUGCGGGUUAUAUCCAAGUGCGUUGGAUCGUACGCGAGUGUUUUUCUAUGGACGAGCUUUAGGCAUUGUAUUUAAUGUUGAUGGUGUUAUCGAUUUUAUUUUAUUGAAUAAAAACCUAUUACUUAA